GGAAAGUCAUUUAUUAUUCCGACGAAAAGGAAAUAAAUAAAACAUUAAAGAAAAGAAAACAAAUCACCUGAAAAAUUCAAAGAAGAGAAAAAGAAAUUUGCUUGACAAGUCUUAAAGAUUUUGAUCUUCGUUCAUAUUAAUCAGGGGUUUGAUUGAGAUCAUUCCACCCUCCUUCUCUUCUUUAUAAUCUCUCUCUCUCUGUUUCGUCUUCCGUAAAACUCAGAACCCAAAAAAAAAAAAACACACCUUUCUCUCUCUCUCUACUGCAUUCUUGUGAAAAAAUUCGAUCUUUGUCGGGUCAUAAUGAGCAAUUGGAGAAGACAAAAGCCCAGAAACAACAACAACAACAACAACAACAAUAACGUUUAUAAUCAACAACGAAGGACGAUGACGCAAUCACAAAAGCCGCCUCUUGCUAACUUCAAACAGUCUGUUCCAGCUUGGGAGAAGGAAUUCUGUGCUAAGGUCGGUUCAGUUCCAUGGUCAAAAGUUCUAGAAGCUAAGCGGUUUAUGCAUCUAUACGAGAGAGUAGUCCAAUGGGAUGAUUCAGCUGGAGAAGACGCAUUCAACAAGGCUAAGUCUCAGUACUGGGCAGAGAUCAACGGAGUUUCUUGUGACUUGCCUUUGCAUGAUCCUGAUGUCUACAUUGAUGAUGUUGACUGGGAUGCUCAAGUUGACAAUGAGCUGGUUCUUGACCUUGAGCGUGGUCUAGACCCGGGAAGAGAAGAAGAGCAUGUGGUGAUUCUUGAUGCUUUGUUUUUGUCUGGACAGGAGUAUAGUGGACAAGGGUGGGGAACGGGAUGGGGUAACGCGGAGGGGGUUAACGAGGAGAAUGUUGGUAAACAGGAGAACUCAUGGGAUGAGCAGCGUUGUGAUGGAUGGAAUGAGGAUUCUUGGGGAAGAAAGGAGAAACCUGUAGGUUGGGGUCAUGAGAACAAGAACAACAACAAUAGCUUUAGAACAGAAUCUUGGGACUAUAGGAACAGAAACAGCUUCAACUACAAGAAGGAUGGGAACUGGAACUGUAGUGAUCAUCAUCAUCAGGGAAGAGAGAGGAGAGAGUGGAGAAAGAGAGGAGCAGUGCCACGUGAAGGAGAGCAAGUGGAUGAUUGUCGAUGGAGAAAUGGGAGAGGGAGAAGCAGAGUUGGGUUUCAGCAACAUUCCAAUGGCAAUGGUUGGGGCUGGACUGAAUCCUUCUGAAUCCUUCUGAAUCCUUCUGAAUC